CGGUUUUAUGACUUUAUUCUUCAGGAUGAAGAAUGAGAAGGUUUUAAAUUUGUCACUGCUUUUCAUGUUUGUGAAUGCCUGUUUUGCACAGGCAGACUUUGCCCCUUACUUCUACGACAAUGGACCGUACAGCGACAACGGGAAUCUGGCCCUGUUCAGCCUCUCAGAGGACACUCCUGUUGGUACGCAGAUCUAUCGUCUCAAUGGCACAGACCCUGAAGGUCAGGAGGUGAGGUACGGACUUUCCUUUGAUCCGGGGUCAAAAGAGUACUUCAGUGUCAAUACAAAAUCUGGAAGUAUUACACUGGUGGAAAAGUUGGACAGAGAGAAACAAGAUUCCAUUGACGUUAAUAUCAGUAUCACAGAUGGAAAAAGCCAGGUUGUGGAAAAAGUUACUAUAUUUGUGAUGGAUGCAAACGAUGAAAAACCAGAGUUUCAAAACAUGCCAACAAUUAUUGAUGUAGUAGAAACAACUGAAUCUGGAAGUAGCAUCUACAAAGUGGAGGCUGUGGACAGAGACACAGGCUCAGGAGGCUCGGUCACCUAUUACCUCCAGUCCAAUCUGUUUGCCAUUGACAGACAUAGUGGAGUCCUUCGUAUCAAAUCAGGGGAAACACUGGAUUAUGAGAAAAGCAAAACUCAUUUUGUUGUAGUCAUUGCUAAGGAUGGUGGAGGGAACUAUAAUGGCAAAGAACAAUUUCUAUCAUCCUCUUCUACCAUGACCAUCAAUGUGGUUGAUGCACAAGACACUCCUCCAGCUUUCAUUGGGACGCCAUACUUCGGAUAUGUUUAUGAAGUCUCAAAGCCAGGCUCUGAAAUAUUUACUGUGUCUGCAGAAGAUGGUGAUGUGGGAAACCCAAAUCCAGUCCGAUACUCAUUUGAUGAAGGUGAUGAUGGUGUUUUUUAUAUAAAUAAAACAAGCGGUUGUAUCUCUCUGCUGAGUCCUCCGAUUAAUCUGAAGAGAGAAAUCUUCAACAUAAAAGUCCGGGCAUCAGAAGUAAGUCCUGAAGGCAAACCAAUGGACUAUGGGGUGACCACAGUGGUGAUCCGUGUAGUGGAUCUGAACAAUAAUCCACCCACGUUUUAUGGAGAACAUGGCCCACAGAGUAUGUUCGAGCUGACCAUGAACGAGCAUCCGCCAGAGGGAGAAAUCCUACGAGGCCUGAAAAUCACAGUUAAUGACUCAGAUCAGGGUGCAAAUGCUAAAUUUAACUUGAGGCUAAUUGGACCUGGAAGAAUGCUUCGAGUUGUCCCCCAAACUGUCCUCAAUGAGGCCCAAGUCACCAUUUUGGUGGAGGACUCUGCUGCCAUGGACUAUGAGAGACACCAUUUUUUAACAUACAAGUUACUUGCAGUGGAGGUGGAUACCCCUGAGCGAUUCAGCGCCACAGCAGACAUUGUCAUUCAUCUCUUGGACACCAACGACAACGCUCCCAAAUUCUCCUCGGACUACUACGUUGCCAGAAUUCCAGAAAACUCGCCCGGUGGCUCAAAUGUGGUGUCAGUCACGGCAGUAGACCCAGACUCUGGACCUUGGGGUGAAGUGAAGUACUCAAUCUAUGGAUCAGGGGCAGAACUGUUUCUGAUCCAGCCUACAUCUGGGAUUAUAUACACACAGCCCUGGGCGAGCCUGGAUGCUGAGGUGAGGUCUAAGUAUAACUUCUAUGUGAAGGCAGAGGAUGCAGAGGGAAAGUAUAAUCUGGCUGAAGUCUUUGUGACUGUGCUGGACCUGAAUGACCAUCCACCUGCUUUCAAUAACAACUUCCUGGAGAAGACCAUGGUGAUUGGGGCACCAGUGAAGAUAGAGGCUGUAGAUGAUGAUGCAGAAGUACCCAACAAUGUAAUUGAAUAUGCCAUCAUGAAAGCUGAACCGGACAACAACAUUUUUGAUAUUAACUCGGACACGGGAGAAAUCAAACUGAAGUCCUUUAUCAAGUCAAUGGCCAUCAUUCAGAACAUCACUAAGAAGCGGGACUGCAGCUGGUCUCUGGUGGUGCAGGCCCGGGACCUGGGGCAGCCGUCCUUCAGCACCACUGCAGUUGUCAAGAUCGACAUCACUGAAGCCACUACAGAAGGGGGGCCUUUGGGAUCAUUUUUAAUGCAGAAUAGAAACAACCCAAUGCAUAUCAUAGGAGUGCUUGCUAGCUUUAUUGGUCUCAUGGUCAUAAUCACCAUCAUCAUCUCCACUGCAACGUUCUUGCGCAACAUUAAGUCCAACCGGAUCCUGCCCACCCGCAAAAUACGAAGAAGGCCACAGAGACAGCCCUUAUGGAACUUCAAAAACCCCUUCAAGACAUCAUCAACCACCAGAGAGAAAUUCAGAGUUACAGAGGAAGAGCAGGAGCCAGAGGUUGCCGUGGAGAACGUCAACUGUAACAACAACGUCACCAAUGUUGUGAGACACUGGACUCCGCCUCCGCCACCCUGUGCACCGUCUCUGCCCCCUCCACCACCUAACUACAUCUACAGAGAGCGGCAGUGGACUGUACCAACGGUCUCCUCGUCGGUGGCACCCAAACCUAGAAAGAAGCUGGAGAGGCAGGACACUAUGAACAAAGCGCUAGUUUCAGAGCUCAAAAUGAGAUUGGAGCAGAAGAAGAUGAAAGCAACUAAUUUUACUUAGAAAUAGUUCAGAUCUUUUGAAGUGGAGUUCCUCGGAAAGAUGAUGAACAUUUAGUAUCUUACCUGUUGCAGAAAGCUGUUUGAAUGACCUCAGUUUUUUUUUUUUUUUUU